AGAGUGGGGUUGAUAGGAGGCAAGAGUCUGUCAUGGCGGCGCGCACCACCGCCAGGCAAGCGGCAGCUCGACAUCUUUCCUCGUCGCGUGUUACGCGCUUCUGUUCUUCGGCUUCUCUUCGAGCCACGUCUUGGUUCUUCGUCGAAAAGGACAUUUCGCUCAUAGGAUAUUCACGGAUUGGUGUUUUCGAUUGAAGCUUUACGCGAGUAGUCGUCUUAAUGGGAUCGAAAAAAGGAAAGAGAAGUGUCAAAGAGUUUAUUGCUCGGAGAAGAUAUUUUCAAAAAAGACAAGACAUUUUUGAAUAAGUCAAAACGGUUGCUGUGUCGAGGGCUCAAUCGAUCUUGAAGGUUGUGCCUUUCGAAGGUCGCUUCGAUACUCCCACGGAAUUUCCGCAUCGCGCUUUGGAUCGAACUCCAUUCGCGUCGUGCGUGACACUUUGCUUCGACGAGAGCCCAGCACUGCUCUCUGUGUGUAAACUUUUUCUCUAUUUUCUCGACGAGCAUGCCAACGUCGUGACGAGCUGGUGGAAGAUGUCGCGUAACAGUGAGUCGUUUGAUUGAACAGACUAAUCGUCGGGGUGUUUAUCAAAGGAUACUCCAGGACAUUUGCGGAUCUGAAGAAGUUGAAGUGACAUCGGUGAAGAUAGGCGAGGGUGGCCAUCGCGGUUGGACCGAGCUGACACCGGCCGAGUCUCUUCAAAACGGAUCAGCAGGAGUAACAAUGUCCUAGCGAAGGCAGGACCUCGUCUAGACCGCUCCCCCUCGUCCUGAUCCAUUUCUUCCGAAACCUAAACCCUUGCUAAUGUUGCUGUCCUAAGCCAACGAAUACCAAAGCAAACUUUAUCCGUGCUGACGCAUUAUACGUACAUGCACACAUACACGAAUACACGCGUAUACCUACAGACACAUAUACCGAGUUCGCUUUCGUCCUCUCUCUCUCUCUCUCUCUCUCUCUCUCUCUCUCUCUCUCCCUCUCUCUCUCUCUUUACCAUCUCUUUUUUACUUAUCAUUCUUUUUUAUCAGCUUUACUUUUUUAUUCUGCGAUACACUUUGCUGCUUGUUACGAAGAAGGGGAAAUAGAGAGAAAGAAUUGAAGAUAGACGGACAUAACUAAACACGCAUAGGUAUACGUACGUAUUCAAAGACUUACACGCAUAUAGACGAAAGCGAGCUUCCCGAAUCCGGCCAAGUCCAAAGUCCUUAAUCCCGUGGGGCUCCGCCCGCACGCGAAGGAACCACACCCCGAAUAGAGAAAGAGAGAGAGAGAGAGAGAGAGAGAGAAAGAGAGAGAGAGUGAGAGAGAGAGAGAGAGAGAGAGAGAGAGAGAGAGAGAGAGAAAGAGAGAAAGAAAGAAAGAAAGAAAGAAAGAGAAGAACGAGAAGAAAACUCAAGAUCCGGAUUUAACGUGCUCCUUGGUGAUGAUAGCAACACGCUACAGUGGUUAAGGUGGCUCUCGAGGAGAAGCUGGAAGUGGCGAGGAGGAUCGUGAAAAUCGGCAAACGAGGCGGGCGAUCCGGAGAGCGGUAGUGGCGGCGGAGCGGCAGGGAUACUAUGGGAGCGGGGGUAUGGGGGGCGGAGGAGGGCUACAAGCCACGGACCUCCGGCGAAGGCUCGAGUCCCAGUCUUGCGAACGAAAUUCUUCUGAGAAUCCUCUUACCCUAAGGCAAGAUGGUUUUUACGUACCUGCGGAGAAUGGCACUUGCGAGGAUGAGGACAAAGCUGAGUUCGGAGCGAUUCUCGUUUCCGGCCAGCCAACGUGUACAGGUUCCCGGACGUAUAAACGUCGAGAGAAAGAGGAGGAUACGGAAGAGAGAAGAAUUUUGAGGCGUGUAAUAAGAUCCGAUGGCUCCUUCCACGGGAAGCUGAGGUUUUCCACGAAAAGUUUUGACCGCAUCGAGAAUGAGGCGGAAGCGACGACGGAAGGGGAAGGUGAGAGGAAACAACGACUGCGAUGGUGUCGCAGGGACUUCCGGCGGAUUGCGGAAGUGGCAACAAGGACUUUACUAUUGGGAAUCGUGCUCCUCGUCACACCAGGACUUUGUCAUCAGGACGCGGUGCACAUAACGGCUAUAUUGGGAGAAAGCGUUGUCUUCAACUGUCAUGUAGAGUUCCCUGGUGAGCACCCAGUGCCCUACGUUCUCCAAUGGGAGAAGAAGGUAGGCGACAAGGGGCAGGAGAUACCGAUAUACAUAUGGUACGAGUCGUAUCCGACCCACAGUGGCGAAGGAUACGAAGGUCGCGUCUCGAGAGUGAGCCCAAAUUCGAAUUACGGAGUGGCCAGCCUAAACCUUACAAACAUCCGCGAGAGCGAUCAAGGCUGGUACGAGUGCAAGGUCGUCUUCCUCAACAGGUCGCCUAACAGUCACAAGAACGGUACCUGGUUUCAUCUCGACGUCCACGCACCACCAAGAUUUAGUAUAACGCCCGAGGAGAUGAUUUACGUGAAUCUGGGCGAUGCGAUAAUAUUGAACUGCCAAGCCGAGGGUACUCCGACGCCUGAAAUUCUCUGGUAUAAGGACGCAAAUCCUGUUGAACCUUCGCAAACCAUCGGGAUUUUCAACGAUGGUACUGAAUUGAGAAUUGCUACCAUCAAGAACGAGGAUAUUGGUGAUUACACUUGCAUUGCGAGAAAUGGAGAGGGUCAGAUCAGUCACACCGCGCGAGUCAUCAUUGCAGCUUUUUACCGUCGAUCACAUCGAGCGAAUACCGAUAUGGAAAUUCCGGUAACCACAGUAUCAGAGAAUACCUCAAAGCGAACCAGUAAUUUGAUGGUGUUGUUAUAUCGGCAUAGACGCUCGAUACGAUCAAAUAAUCAAAGAGGAGCCGUCAUUAUGGUACCGCCGUCGAAUCAGACGAAGCUCGAAGGAGAGAAGGUUCAGUUUUCUUGCGAGGCGAAGGCUCUUCCGGGUAAUGUGACGGUACGUUGGUUUCGAGAAGGUGCACCCGUCACGGAAGUUUCGUCUUUGGACACGAGAGCUUCUAUCAGGAUGGACGGCAGCCUUGUCAUUAGUCCUGUCAGCGCCGACGACUCAGGUCAAUAUCUCUGCGAGGUUACCAACGGUAUUGGCGAACCCCAAAGUGCCAGUGCCUAUCUCAACGUUGAAUAUCCAGCGAAGGUCACAUUCACGCCGACGGUUCAAUACCUGCCCUUCCGGCUUGCUGGUGUAGUUCAGUGCUAUAUCAAGGCUAAUCCGCAAUUACAAUACGUAACGUGGACGAAGGACAAACGACUCCUCGAGCCUUAUCAGACGAAGGAAAUCGUGAUAAUGAACAACGGCUCCCUGCUGUUCACGCGAGUCAAUGAGAAUCAUCAAGGAAGAUAUACCUGUACUCCGUAUAAUGCUCACGGCACGCAGGGUAGUUCCGCGCCUAUGGAAGUGCUUGUUAGAAAACCACCGGUUUUCACACUUGAACCCGAACCGAUUUAUCAAAAGAAGUUUGGCGAGACCGUAGAAAUGCAUUGCAACGCUCAGGAGGCAGAAGGCACGCAGAAACCUACUAUACAGUGGCAGAGGAGAGAUGGUGCUCCGAUUCAACGCAACCGAGCGAAAAUCAAUGGCGGUAAUUUGACGAUCGAAAGUCUUCGAAGAGCUGACUUUGGAUUUUAUCACUGUAUCGCAACAAACGAAGUUGCUACAAUUUCUACUUCGACGCAACUGAUCGUCGAGGGUACACAACCUCAUGCGCCUUACAACGUCACUGGCAAUGCUACAGAAUUUUCAGUAACGUUGAGUUGGUUACCUGGUUAUUCUGGUGGACCUGAUUAUAAACAAGACUAUACUAUCUGGUACAGAGAAGCUGGUACGUCAGAAUGGGAAAUGAUACCUGUGACACCAUCGGGAAGUACUACGGUCACGAUCAACAGACUGACACCAGCUACGGUUUAUGAAUUUCAGGUUAUCGGAAAAAACGCUUUGGGCGAUGGAACAAUGAGCAAAGUCAUCACCGUCAGAACUCUCGACAUCUUAGAUUAUAGUACCCUCAUAUUACCGACCGAUUCUACUGGAAAUCCCGUCUUCCCAACAAUCAUAAGGCCGAAAGGACCGAAACCUGGUCCACCGAAAAAUCUCACGGUGACCGAGGUCAGUAACGGCUUUCUGAUUACUUGGGAAGCUCCUUCGGAGCGAAAUCAUCUCAUUCAACAUUAUACUAUUAAAUACAAAACGGACGGGCCCUGGAAGAAUCUCAACAAGGGACAAAUUCGUCCGGAGGAAACAAGCUAUUUGGUGAAGAAUCUGGUCGGUGGUAGGACAUAUUAUUUCCAAGUGUUCGCCAACUCAGCGACGAAUUAUGGUGCCAGCGAUCAAGUGAAAUUUCCUGUGCCUGCUCGUGUGAAACAUAAGGCGAUUACGGCCGGGGUUGUGGGUGGUAUUCUUUUCUUCAUCGUCGCCAUUAUCCUGAGUAUAUGCGCAGUGAAGAUCUGCAAUAAGCGGAAAAGACGAAAACAGGAGAAAGAACUGCUUUCAGCGUAUAACAUGGUGACUUGCCGGGUCACAGAUACCAGGAACGGCGCAGGGCAGGGGCCCCAAGGAACAGUGCCUUUGAAAAAACCUAGAAAAAGCAGAGUACCAGGUCUAAAUCUCCUAAGGGAGAUUUUGAGUCCAGACACCCCGGACUCAUGCCGCGGUCGUCCCCUCGGUAAGAUCUCUCGCGCGGCCGACGGCCGAUUCGUCGUGGCGGAUUCGGUUCUCAGUUCGGCGAACAACAGCAUCCUGGAUGCAUCAAGCAGCGACGACGGUGGCUUUCUGCCUAAGCAACGGCUCAAGUCCUCUUGGCGACGUCCCUUGGUCGGCAACAGUCAGCUGAGCCUGAGAUCAUCGGGUAGCGGUGUCUCGAUAGGUGCUCUGCAUGCUGCUCAUCAUCACCAUCAGGAUGCAGUGAAUUCAUUGGCCAGGAUACCACCAACGAUCUGUACAAUAUCGUCGCCUAGGUUUUUAGCGAGUUCACCGAGCGGUCCCAAUGUACCUUGGACGCCGUUAUACUUCAGCGAUCUUAGCUCCGUGAGACAACCAUCGUCAGGGGAAAGAUCCUUCCCGACCCCUCCAAGUUACCUCCAAUUGCGAACUGUUCAUCAACGUUACAGCCAAGAGCUCCCAUCUUUGAAGGCGAUCCACGCCGAGUCCAGAAGAUUCGUACCCGUUCAACCUCUUGCUACCUCGUCUCCGCCUCAAUCCGCUGGUCGACCAAGGGCGAGACUUCCACCGAGACACGCCAGGCACGCCAGGUCGGCGCCUGAACUGGCUGCGUCUCCGGAUUUGGAGACCUCGCCUGAAAGUAGAUCCAGCAGUUCGGGUUUUGGUAGCAAGAAUACAUCUCAACAAAAUCAGAGCUCGAGGAGCGGAAGCACGGUGGCUGAAUGGAGACCACCACCUUAUAGGCCACCGCCGCCUCCUCUGGUUGGUCGAUGGUUGGAGCUUCAGGACCAGGCGAAGGUCGGCCACUUGAAGAAUGCCGUAGAUGCUGGUAGCGUAGAUGGACACUAUGAGUUCGAUCCUGCCUCCUGUACGCCUACACCUACCUCUGCCUCCACUCCCACUAGAGAAGAGAGACCGCCGGUUCAUCAAAUACACGCCAUCCAUGUGCCGCACGUUCAUCAGGUGCACACGGUUCAUCAUCAACCAUCGAGAUACAGCAGGGAUAAUAUCGAGGCUAGAGUGCAGGCCAUGAAGGCCGAAUUCCAUCAAUUUAGGCAAAGGCAGGCUAGGAGAAAGCAAAGUACUCACUUGGAAAGUGCUUGUUAAAGCUCUUCGAAGAAAAUUUGUCAGGCUGAAUGAGAAUUCGACGAUCAAGAAUGAUUCGCAUCGUGGUGGCGUGAUACGAUUAGAUACGGUCCAAUAAUCGAAAACCUAGUAACGAGACAUUCCCAUUGAACGAAUAUAUCGAAGGACCAAGAAGAAUCUGUCGCGAUCGAAAACAACCUGGUAUAGGUGCUUUCCUUUGGGAAAUCCUUCGGCAUUAAGACCAAUCGUCAAGGCACAAAACAACGAGAAUCAUCAUCGCGUAACGGUAUCGAAAUAUAGGCGCGUUUUAAAAAAAGUCAAUUCCGCUAGCCAAAGCAAUCCUCUCCGAUAUUAAGAGAGGACUGUUUUUACGAGCGCCAAGCUCAAAAUACAUAUGUUUCCCCUCGAUCACGAAGAACAACGUAGUAGAUACGAAACGUUCAGACGUUCGCGUCUUUUUUUACGAUUAAAAGAAAGCGCAAAUGAGAUCAUACACCGAACGAGUUUCUCGAGAUCGCCUAUCGGCAGAAGACGAUCCAACGAGGAUGAAAACAGCGAAAUUGCCUAUGGUCGAUGAACGUCACGUGACGUACAAAGACGGAAGAAGAGAAUCGAAAAAAGGAAAAAGAGAAGCUAUUGUUGCUGGUUGCGUUCCGCGAUAAUACCAACCGCGCCUACGUCCAUACUGUCUGGACCGUGAUUUUUAACAUAAAGUACAUAAUAAUAACAAAGAAUCAAGGAACGCACCAAAAACGCUGAGGAAGGGAGAGACGAAACGAAAGGGACAAUUCUAUUUUGUAAAGCUCAGUGAAACUGCCCCGUGGCUAUGAGUCGCGCAAAAGGAUGGAUAUCUCCCGCUAGCUCGAGAUUAGAGGCGGGUCGUUAAAACAUAAGAGAACGAGAUCGACGAUGAGAAGAGGAGAGGGAAUAAAACGAAGAAACGAAAGGGAGGAGAAAGAGGAAUAGAUAGACAAACGGUAUGACACUCCAAAGAAACUGUACCACUGUACGUGCUCCGUAUACCUUUUAACAAAAAAAAAAAGAAAAAAAAAAGAAAAAAAAAGAAAAAAAAAAAAGAAAAAAACCGAAACGUUAAGAU